GAUGAUCAGUCUGCUAACUCUUCCGAGAGGACCCAGACUGCUGAGGGCCACCCUAAUGCUGAGGACACUGCCGAUGAACCAUCAAGCCAGGCCCCUUCUAAUAAGGCUGGUGGUGAGGCCUCCGAUAGCAUGGCCAAGGGAAAGAAGAGGAAUGAUGAAGAUAAUGAUGAUGCAGAUGAUGAUGAUGAUAUGGAGGGAGUCUUGAUAAGCAACAGAAAGAGAGCUGGCAAACAGGCCAUUCCAAUAGACUCCGACUCCUCAUCGGAAGAUUUUGAGGCUGCAUUCACACCCCGACCACUCAAAGGGAUUAUCAUUAGUGAGCAGCGCUCCAAGAAACGCAACGAUAAGUCUGCAUCAUCCAAGCCUAUGAAGAGGCUCAGAAAGAAGAGUGCAGUGGAAGAGGAGCUGGCACUGUACGAUGACUGUGACACCUUCGUCACUAUAGACCGAACCACGCCCCUAGGAGCAGGAGCUGACCUUGUCAGUUCCCGGGUAGAAGUCGUAGCAUCCGGUUCAACUGCGCAUGCACAGCCAUCUCCCAUCCACUCUCCAGUCUCCCAACAGACUGGAGUUUCAAUAACUCAAGGGGAACUUACAUCGACCUCACUGAUUCCUUCCGAAUCUGCUGAGAGACUUAGUGGUCAACAGCCCCGGACCACUACCCCCAUCCGUUCUAUCACAUCGAGUCUAGGUGUCACCAUUCCUACAUUUUCACAUUUUUCUAGGACACCUACACUAUUCACUGCACAUACAGGUGCACUCACCCUGAAUGCAACGACCGGAGUGCAAACUAUGAUGGUCGGAAGUCCUGCUACGCCAACAAUGCCUCGAUCAUUGAACGCAGGCCACACAUCAGCUAUCUUCACUGAUGCUGUGACAACAGUUACAACCCCUGUAACUGGUACCAUUAUCCCCGAAGACAUUCUCGUAUAUCUGAAUAGCUUUCUAGAGUCUACCAUUAAACCAUGGGUGCAUGAAGCAAUAACCGCUAAUGCACAAGACUCUGGAAGUGCCCCGGUUGUUCAGAAUAUACCAUCCAAGCCCCAAACAACACAGCCCCCAACCAUUUCCAUACCUAUUUCCAAACCUUUAACCAUAGAAAACCAACAACCAUCCACAUCAAGGGGAACCCAGGAUACAGAACUAGUAUUCUCCCCUACAACGACCAAACCCAACCUAACAACUGUACCCUUCGAGGAUCUUGUAGCUGAAAUCUACGACCGUAUACUAGACGUGGAAGAAGGCAACCUCACCCCUCUUCAAAAAGCCCUUCUCCAUGCUCUAGAUACACAGAACAGAUGCCGUGACAGUCUCCGUGGCACUAAACGUUCACAUGAGGAUCCCGAUGAUUCGGAUUCUCAUGAGGGGGAGAACAAGCGCCAACGGAUACUUGAGCAUGUUGCUUCUACUAGCCAACCCUCAAAGCCAAACCAACCCUCCACCUCUACCAAUGAGCAACCCACUACUUCAGCUAGCCAUAAAUCCCUAGCCACUCUUUCUAGCAUGGUCGAGCUAGACAUAACAUCCCGAGGUGCAUCUCCUAUAGAUGUUAACCAAGGACGGAAUGGAAGUCCUGAUGAUGCUACCAAGAGUACAUCUUCCUACUCAGGCCAUCAGUUAGAACUUAGUUCGAAACUGAUGUCAACGGGCAAUCCUGAGGAUCCCGGUGUUUCACUUUCUCAGCCAAGGGAGGAUGGGCCGCAUGUAACGAAGUAUAGAGGUCUGGUCUCUGCGCAAGAGCAUCGUGUUGAGAUAAUUGAGGAUCCCUGCAAGUCUCACCAGGAUCCCGAUGCUACGCCAGACAUGUCACCACAGCAGCAGCAGGCUCCCUCCAACUACUACAAUGAGCAAAUGCACGAUGAACUUGAGGAAAUGAUGGUGCACAACAAAUGGUCUGAACUCUGGACAGAUGUAGAUGAAUCACAGCGAAGAGCAUAUCUCAGAGAUCUCUUAGUCAACUGUGCUACUGAUGUAAUUCUACUUGAUCAAGAUGAACUCAAGGAGGGAGAGAACUAUGAAACACCACCCAAGGAGCUUGAGUCAAUCAUUAGACAAACAGUGGCUCAAAUGCCCAGAAACGAAAAGCCCUGGGAAAAGAUCGACAUCAACGCCCCCUUUCAAGAGGAAAUCAGAGAAAACAUCUGGCGAAAAGAGGAUAAGGUCAGAGAACUGGAUGAACUGAAGAUCUGUGGCCUUAACCAUCUACGAGGACAAAACAAGGGCGGACAGUUGUUUCUACUUAGUCAUCACUAUAUGGGAAAACAGAGAGAAGUCUGGCAACACGAACUUCAAACAGCCAAGGACCCUGUCUGGGCUGUUCUCAAUGUGGCUGAAACCAACUUUCAAGAUAUCAAACUCUCUGUCUACCAUCUUCAGCGCUCCGACGGAACGGUAUUCACGUGCAAGGAAAAUGAUCUCUACAUGCUAAAGAUGGACGACAUCUAUCAGAUGUAUCUUGCAUUCCAGGAAAUUCCAGGCAUUCGUGACAAAACUACACAAGAUGGGCUGGAUGCACUCAAGCGGUUUAUGAUCAGACAAAUCAAAUUCUUUGCCUCUCAUGAUCUUCAGAUGGCUCUUGAAACAAACAUGCCAAAGACGAAUCUCACAAGGCCAAAGCUGUAUGGACAAGAAUUGGAAGACUUUCCUGAGUAUUACAUCUUUGAUAGUCCAAUCACGCUUAUCUAUCUGAACCACAAUGGUGAGAAACGUAUGCUAUUCAUUGAUGAAAUUAACAAAUACUGUGACGGAACCCUGAAAAUUGUGAAAGAGAAGCUGCAACCGAUCAGAGAAGCAUUUAAAGAAAGACAGCAGAAGUAUGCAGAUGCCACAGAUGUUGAAUUAAAAGAGGCACACAGAAUUGACAAUAUCCUACAGGCCAUCGAAAAGCAACUUGAUAGAAGAAAUUCACUCAGAAACUAUGAGCACGCACUUAAUCUCAGAAAGAAUUAUUAUAAAGCUCAAAAGUGAAGAGAAGAAGAAGCAAGACGGCACUUGAUCACAAAGGGGGAGAUUGUUGAGGAAAAAUAUUAAUUGUGAUCAAGCUUGUCUGAUGUCUUGUUUAUUUAUCUAGAAUAGAUUAACGUUUUAAUGUAUUUAUGAUGUAAUAAAUUAGACUAAGGGUUUAAGGCCCAAAAAGGCCUAGGCCCAGAAUUCUAGGUUACCAUUCUCGGUACCUGUACCUGCGCCUAUAAAUACGCGUACUUGUGGUACAGGAC